CGACCUGAUGUCAUUUCCACCCCGGCUGGGCUGCGUCUGAGAUAUGUCACGGGGAGUGGGAGGAGGAGGAGGGGGAGCCAGCGAGUGCGCGCCGUGCCCCAGGACCCUGUUUACUUUGCAUUCCCGGCCGAGGAAGCCCUGGUUUAAAUAGGAUCGGAGGCGCGGGCUGCCCACAGCUGAGGAGGAAAUGCUUGCUGCGGGGCUUUAAAUUCCUGCGUUCCCAUGCGCGGGUGCAGAGGAUGAGCCUGCAGAAUGCCUUUCCUCUUGGGUCUCAGACAGGACAAGGAAACCUGCAUGGGUGUCAACAAUCAAAGUUACAUAUGUGAAACGGGCCACUGUUGUGGACAGUCCCAGUGUUGCAACUACUACUAUGAACUCUGGUGGUUUUGGCUGGUGUGGACCAUCAUCAUCAUCCUCAGCUGCUGUUGUGUUUGCCACCACCGCCGCACCAAGCAUCGUCUGCAGGCCCAGCAGCGGCAGCAUGAGAUCAACUUGAUUGCUUACCGGGAAGCCCACAACUAUUCAGCCCUGCCAUUUUAUUUCCGGUUUCUGCCAAAUUAUUUACUACCUCCCUACGAGGAAGUGGUGAACAGACCGCCGACCCCCCCACCGCCAUACAGUGCCUUACAUCAGCAGUGUGUCCCAGCAGGCAGCAGUAGCACAAUCCCAGACACGCCGAGAAACCUGCAGCCAGCACAGAGCAGCUCGGCGGUGCCCAGCGGCAAUAACAGCAGUACUGACAGCACCGGGUCCCCUGGCCUCGGAGACCCCGAGCCUUCCAGCGCCGCGCUGGUCGAGCGAGCAGUAGCCAAAAUGCAAAGUGUGGAGCCUGGCGGCACCAGCACGGGAGCCGAGCUGGUGGAGAGGGCCGGUCCCGAAAAGGAUGCGGAGUGCAAGGAGGAACUGCUGAAAGGUUACAGCUCGGAGAGCUUGGAGCAGAGCAGCGCCAUUCCCGACGCCAAGGACAAGACGCCGGGCAGGCAGCGCCGCUUCACGGGCGACUCGGGCAUCGAAGUCUGCGUAUGCAACCGGGGCCAUCACGACGAUGACCUCAAGGAGUUCGACGGGCUCAUCAAUGAUGCUCUGGACGGGCCCCUGGACUUCUGUGACAGCUGCAGCGGCCGCCCGCACGGCGAUGAGGAGGAAGGGCUUUUUAAUGCCACGGAGGAGCAGCACCGCGAACACAGCCACCACCACCUGCCCCGGCAGCCGGUGUGUGUACUCUUGAACACAAUAAAUGAGCAGGACUCUCCAAACUCCCGCACCAACAGCUCCCCCAGCUAAGGAGGCAGAGCGGGAAGGAGAACCGGGGGGAAAAGGAAGAAAUAAGUGAAAUAAGCAGAUAGAAACUUUGAAAGGAGAAAAAGGUGAUAUAACCUUUUUUGUUCUUGGUUGUUUUUUUUUUUCUUUUCCCCCUCCAGUGUAAUUCGGGGACUCGUCCUGAAGGCCCGGCUUGUGGGGACGGGCUGCUCUGGAUUUCGUUAAUCAUGUCCGUUCUGCUCCGUGGGGCAGGGACUGUUUGUCAAUGAGACCUUCUCACAAAUUGAACUUUUCCAAUGGUGAUUUUGGUGAUGGUUAUUAUGAGUUUGUUGGUAUUAGUUUUCCAGAACACUGCUUUAUCUCGCAAUCAGUAAAGCUCAGCAAAUCUCACCCUGGGAGGAUACGAAAUCACCACAACGCUUCAACCUCCAGGUGUCUUCCCAGAAGCAAGCAGCUUCUGACAGUGCCGGCAGUCAGUAGCCCAAGAGUUCUGGUUUGAUAUAGUGCUCUUGAGGCAUUGUGGGUUUUUUUUUUUCCACAUUUUAGGGUUGUUUUUUUUUUUUUCUU